GUGAAACUACGGGAGGCGGGAGGCGCUCUUACUGACGCAGCUGCGGAGCUUUGCGGGAUUGGCGCAGAAGGAGUCGCAGCAGGAAGAGCGACACGUUUUCUUCGUUUAUUUUGAAGACUUAUUAACUCGAACUAGCAGUUCAACCAGUUAGAACUGGUCCACACCCAGUCCCAGUUUACUUUCAGUUUUUCACUGGGGACUUUCCACGCCAGGCAAGGUUUAUUGAGCAACAAUGGAGGUUAAAGUGGAUAUCCCUCUUUAUGGACCAUCAGUCAACAUUGUGAAAAAAUCUGGAGAUGCUCUGUGUAAAGCCCUUUAUGAUAAAUUCAGAUGUGUGACCACCAUUCAGGGUGUGGAGAUGGAGACCGAGAUGAGCAAUAAAUACCAGAAACGGACACCAACUAUUCCCCAAGAGGAAAGAGGUCAAUUUAAGUUGCGUUCAGGUGUAAAGGUUUCUGUGUGGAAGGCUGAUCUCACCAAUUUCCCUGCUGAUGCUGUUGUGAAUGCUGCUAAUGAAGAUUUAAAGCAUUAUGGAGGCCUUGCUCUGGCUCUGUCUAAAGCUGGUGGUCCUCAAAUCCAAAUGGAAAGUGAUGAUCAUGUCAAAAAGUAUAGUAAAGUAAAUACAGGAGAGGCAGUUGUUUUGAGUUCAGGGUCACUACCAUGCAAGAUGAUAAUUCAUGCUGUGGGUCCAGAUCUGUCAAUGAGUGCUUUCAACUUCGAUCCAGAAAAAGGUAGACCUGCUUUGGAGAAAACCAUCAAGAGUAUUCUCAACAGAGUUGGAGAGAAUCGUCUGGCAACUGUUGCCAUUCCUGCCAUAAGCUCAGGGUUGUUCAACUACCCACUGCGAGAAUGUGCCAACACCAUAGUGUCAACUAUAAAAGCUUAUUAUGACAACCCACACAGACUUACUCCUCAAGAAAUCUUCCUUGUGAACAAUGAUGAGCCCACAGUGCAGGAAAUGAAGAGAGCAUGCAAUCAGAUAUUCAGUCCUCAGCAGCACACACUUUACAAUCAGGCAACAGCAAAUCAUCCAGGAAGCACAACCAAAACUGAAUCACUUUCAGUCCAGAUCAAUAAUGUCGUUCUAACACUGAAGAAGGGGAAAAUUGAAGCGCAAAAUACGGAUGUCAUUGUCAACACUGCUUCAGCAAACUUCAAACUAAGCACUGGCGCGAUUUCCAGCGCUAUAUUGAAUAAAGCAGGUCCGGAAAUGCAAAAUGAAAUAAAAACAGCUAAAGGGUUCAACAAUAUCAUUCACACAAAACCCUACAGGCUGUCCUGCAAAGCAGUGUAUCACACGUUUUGCAUUGAAAAGUCUAAUGGCUCUAAAGCAGAAAAGAUCCUUUUCGAUUCCGUAAGCGAAUGCUUGUGGCAAGCAGCAGCUCAAAAUAACAGCUCAAUUGCCUUUCCUGCAAUUGGAACUGGAGCCCUCGGGUUUAGUGGAGCAGAAUCAGCCAGGCUCAUGUUGGAUGCAGUGACUAAAUAUGCCUUAAAUUGUUCAAAAAUGCUCCAAGUUCACUUUGUCAUUUUUCCUACGGAUGACAGAAUAUUUCAGGCUUUUGAAAGUCAAAUGAAAAAUCUCCAAAAGAGACCACAACCCAACUAUGGACAUGAUGAAUCCCAGUCCAGCAGAGCUCCAGCCCCACAGAUCAGCCUGGUUUGUCCUUCUGAAGAAUCUAAACAUGAGGCUGAGCGAUGGCUCAAGAACCGCCUCUCUACGGAUUCUCACUCCGUCAAGAUCAACAACAACUUCAUCUCACACUUCAGUGAUCACGACCAUCUGCAACUGGCCAUUUUAGCUGAUGGAGGGUUGAGCAUUGAGGAGUUUUUCUCACAAGGUCAUGCAUGUCUAACAGUAAAGGGGAAACCGGAGGAAAACGCCGUCAUUGCCGCCUUGCAGGUGGAGGCCUUGCUCUGCAAAAUCCAUGAAGAUUUUAUAGCAGAAGAAGAACAUCAGCUGAAGAUACUGACACGCAUGAAAGUUUCUGGAGAGAAGAAAACAGUUGAUAAAAAAAGCCAGUUCUUUUCAGAGCGAAUACAGCCUUUCAGACCUGUGGGUCUGUGGGUAGUAAAGGUGGACAAAGUGGAGAAUGAUGCUCUGAAGGAGAUGUUUGAACGGAAGAAAAAGCAGCUUCAUCAAUCCUCUACUAAAAAGAUGUUCCAACGCAUCCCUGCUCAGUUCUGUGAGAUGAUCAGCAGAAUUGGAUUCCAUGCAGAGUGCGCACCGCCUGAAGACCCAAAGUAUGGAGAGGGAAUCUACUUCUCAAGCAGCAUAAGAACAGCGUUGGAGCUGUGGAGGGAGAAAGGUGAGGAGUACCUGUACUUUGUGGAGGCUGAAGUCCUGCUGGGAAACUCGGCUAAAGGUGAACGAGGAUUUAUUCUUCCUCCUCCGGAUGGAAAAAAUCCCAACAUUCUCUGUGACAGCGUGUAUGGAGGAUCUGACGUCUCUGUUAUCUUCAGCGGUUAUCAAGCUUUGCCAAAGUACAUUAUCACCUGCAAGAAUUCACGUUAGGGUGAUCCUUCUGAAAUCAGAAUCUGAUUGCAGAAAGAUUGAUCAAAAAGAAUCUCCAGAGAAGUAAACUAGAGUUUUCUAUAAAUUCACUUUUAGCCUCAGAGAAAGAAGUUCAAAAAUAAACUUGUAUGCUGACUCAGAAACUAAAAAGUUUUUGUUAUAUUAGAAACUUUGAUUUUCACAUUGGCACAUUAUAAACAGAACAAAUAUAUUAGUCUUAUUAUAUCUUUGUGUAUAACCGUUAAACACCAAUAGGAAUGAUAAUGAUGAGCAAUAGUAGGUUUGUAAAAAUAUGAAAGUUUCUGUUUUUUCUUAACUUGUUCAAAUAUAUUAAAAUAUCUUUGGUUCAGAAUCCUGCUUUUAUUAUUUUAUGAUUUAUUUAAUAUUUUUUUGCAGUUUGGGGACAAAAUGACCAAAUUGCAUAGCAACAAAAGUUUUAUAAUCAUCUGUUUGCUGAUGAAAAGUGUUAAGUAUGUUAAAUCAAAAACAUUAUUUGGGAUCAAACCAAUAAAGGCAUCAGUUUAUUUGACUUUACUUUGUAAAUCUAGCAUCAAUCUUUCUAUGCUCUAUAUAAAGCAGGUGCCUGGCAGCAUAUCUGGAUGUAUAUUUCUAAGGGAUCUUUGCCUAAAUUUGUGUGUGAACAUGUAAACAUUGUACUAAUGCUGCUGUAAGUAAAUCAAUAUUAAUAAAGGAAGUUGGACAUAAGCAA